AUGUCUCUAAUUCUGACCUUAUUCUUGCUGGUGUUCGUGAAUGAGCUUGUCGCUUGGAUCGGCAAGUCAGUCUUGCUUGAGUUCGCUUAUGCGUUGUACCUGUGGAUAUUCUACUCUGGCCUGGUCGCGCAACAGCGAAAGCUCAAAUCGGAUAUCCUGCUUGGGAAGAAGGAGCUGCUACAGACGAGUGCGCAAGAUCAAUUCGCGAAGUGGGCGAAGCUGCGGAGGAGCGUGGACAAAGGAUUGGCGGAUCUAGAAAAACUCAAUGGCGAGCUAUCCUCAGCAAGAACUUCGUUUUCCCUCAAAUUCAACUCCGCGAUAUGGUUCCUCACCGCGGGUGUACAGCUGAUCGUAGGAUGGUGGUACCGCAAGUCCGCGGUCUUCUACCUGCCGCCAGGGUGGUUCGGGCCCCUCACAUGGUGGCUGUCGCUUCCCUUUGCCCCUGCAGGAUCCGUGAGUUGUGGGAUAUGGCAGAUGGCGUGCAAGAGGGUUAUCAAAGUAGGAGAGCGCAUGGUGCGGGAACUUGCCUCAGCAGAGUCGCAACCGGUAGCGACGGAGCCCAAGAAGAAGGACUAGAUGCCCAGCCCGCGAUAGGGAAGUCUGGAACUGUACUCUGGAUGUAUCUCGCUUGGAGCCUGCAUGCAUGUUUAUCCAGAUGGUGCUGUUGAA